GGCAUAGUCUACAUCAGUAGGAUACCCCCACACAUGAAGCCUCAAAAGCUGCGGCACAUGCUGUCCCAGUAUGGGGAGAUUGGGCGGAUAUAUCUGGCCCCAGAAGAUGCGGCAGCAAGGAAGAGGAGGAAAAAGAUGGGGAAGAACACCGGAAAGAACUUCUCAGAGGGCUGGGUGGAGUUUGAGGACAAGCAAGUUGCAAAACAGGUGGCCUCCAUGCUCAACGGCAAUCCCAUGGGAGGGAAGAGGCGGUCAGCAUACCACUAUGACUUGUGGUGCUUGAAAUAUCUCAGCAAGUUCAAGUGGGACCACCUGAGCGAGGAGAUCGCGUACCAGAAGGCGAUUCGGGAGCAGAGGCUGGCUGCCGAGAUCUCUGCAGCCAAGCGUGAGCGCGACUUCUACCUGUCCCGAGUCGACAAAGCAAAGGCAGUGGCGGCCCAGCAGGAGCGCAAGCGGAAGGUAGGGUGUACUACAAACAGAGACACCAAAUAUACAGCUUGGAUAUGUACCCUGCACAUGUGCAACUGGUGCAGGGGCUUAUGUGAAUAA